CAGUAGACCAAUCAGCGCACACAGAGGACUAAUCCUACGGGUACCUGCAGCCUUUGUCAUCGCUUGCUACUUUGUGCAAGUCCAGACCGGUCUGCGUCCUCGCGUCCUGGUAACGGAACAGGUUUAAGGCAUUUAGUGUUAGCAGCCUGUUCAGCCUGAGCGUGUCACACACUGCGGGAGGACGGCAGUCAUGAUUCACCCCCGGACUCUCCGUGUAGAUUAUGACCAAACUACAGGCGUUGUAUGCGUGGUCGGCUCGGAACUCAACGUGAACCUGAACAGGAGCGCCCCUCCCAGCUCCAGGUUCUUCUCUGUGAAGUGCACCUACAGUGUUCAGUACAGCAUCAGCCCCUCACCUCAGCAGACGUCCCACCUCUCUCCCAUCCCUCUCAAUGGAAACUCAGUACUGCUCAUCCGCAUGAGCCGUGCCAGUCAACAUGAAAACGAUAGCAAGCUGUCUGUCCGGUACUAUGGGGAGAGUAAAGAGGUCUUGGGGAGAGCAGUCCUGCACCUGACAGCUGUUGAGAUCUCUCUGGAUGUGGACGCUGACAGAGACGGUGUUGUGGAGAAAAACAACGCUAAUAAGGGAUCCUGGAAAUGGGGUCCUAAUGGGCAUGGAGCCAUCCUAUUGGUCAACUGUGACUCAGAGUGGGCUUACAGGAAGAAACCAGAUCGUGAGCAGGACAGCGUCUCCAAGGUGUCAGAUCUGAAGGACAUGUCUGUCAUGGUGCUGCGGACCAGAGGCCCCGCCAAGCUGCCAGAGGGCUACAAGCUCACCAUGCACAUCUCUCAGGGGGACGCAGAGAGUGUCAGAGUCUUCAGGUCCAGAAUCUCUCAAACGAAGAACAAUACACUGCCAGAGAAACUCCUCUACAAGUACUUUGUGAAGGACUAUCCGCUGGUGCUGAGCAGUGAGGUCCUGUCCCAGGAAGUGCCUUACGUCGGAGGAGCAGCAGAGAUGAACUUUUAUGUAGAGGGCCUCAGGUUUCCUGACCAAGACUUCAGUGGGCUCAUCCGCAUCAACCUCAGUCUGUUAGAGCCCAUCGCUACGGGUCUACCUGAGACGCCUAUUUUCACAGACACAGUCGUGCUCAGAGUGGCACCGUGGAUCAUGACACCCAACACCCUCCGGCCUGUCGAGGUGUUUGUCUGCAGCACGUCCGAUAACUACCAGUUCCUGAAAAGCAUGAAGAACCUUGUUGCAAAGAGCGGGUACAAGCUUAAGAUUUGCCACGAGUAUGUGAACAGAGGAGAUCGUUGGAUGCAGGAUGAGGUGGAAUUUGGCUACAUCGACUCUCCUCAUCACCGGUUUCCUGUUGUUCUGGAUUCCCCUCGAAAUGGAGAACUCCUGGAUUUUCCAUAUGAUGAGCUACUGGGACCUGACUUUGGCUAUGUGACGAGGGCGGCCCAGAGGAAAGACGUGAGCAGUCUGGACUCAUUCGGUAAUCUGGAGGUUAGUCCUCCCGUCACUGUGAAUGGAAUACACUACCCCCUGGGCAGAAUCAUCAUUGGAGUGGCCUUCCCCACGGCAACUAAAGGACGCAACAUGACCAAAGUAGUUCAGGACUUCUUGUGGGCUCAGAAGGUUCAGGAGCCCAUUGCCUUGUUCUCUGACUGGCUCCAUGUCGGCCACGUAGAUGAAUUUAUGACUUUUGUUCCUGCACCUGACAGAAAGGGCUUCCGGCUGCUGCUGGCAAGCCCAGACGCAGGCUACAAACUAUUCAGAGGCUUACACAACGAUGGACACGGACAAGCCAAACUGUUUGAGGGUCUGGGACAUGAAGAACCAGUAACAGUGGAUGAGAUACUUAAUGAUGGAGGUCUCCAAGCUGAAAAUAACUACGUGCAGAGCUGCGUCGACUGGAACAGAGAUGUGCUGAAGAGAGAGCUGGGCCUGGACGACGAGGACAUCAUCGACCUGCCUAUCCUCUUCAAGUUAGUGGUGCAGAAUGAGGAGACCGAGUACAGAGCGGUGGCUUACUACCCUGACAUGGUGAACAUGAUUGUCUUGGGGAGAAACCUGGGCAUCCCGAAGCCCUUUGGGCCCAAGGUGAAUGGGCGCUGCGCCCUGGAGGCCGAGAUGUGCUCCUUGAUGGAGGGCCUGGGCCUCAGCUGCACGUUCGUCGACGACUUCGCCUCCUACCACAAACUGCUCGGAGAGGUGCACUGUGGCUCCAACGUCCGCAGGGAAGCAUUCGACUUCAAGUGGUGGAACGUGGAGAUGUGAACGGGAACUGAACAGUGGGUGGAGAUGGGUUAGAAGUAGGGUUCAACCGGUUUUAAUUUCCUGUACGAUAUGAAUUUUUCAUAUACCGUCAUACAUAAAUGUAUGUUGGUACAUAUAGGGUG